AUGGAAUAAUAAAGGAAGCGGUCAUCAAUCAUCAGAAUUUUCACUUUUUUUCAAUGUGUAUAAAUAUAAGAUAUUUCUUUCAUAGUCACUUCACACCUCAUUCUUCCUGAGACCGUCAAGUAUUCCAGUCAUCAUGAUGAAUCUUAUCACCAUCGCUAUCUUUGCCAGCCUAAUGGUUGCUACUUUGGGUAAGCCAGCCUAUGGUGGUAUCGGUAUUGGAGGAUUUGGAGGCGGUCUGCAUGGAGGCCUAGGAGGUCUUGGAGGCUUUGGGGGACUUGGAGGCGGUCUGUAUGGAGGUCUUGGAGGCGGUCUGUAUGGAGGCCUAGGAGGUCUUGGAGGCGGUCUGUAUGGAGGCCUAAGAGGUCUUGGAGGUCUUGGAGGCGGUCUGUAUGGAGGUCUAGGAGGUCUCGGAGGCGGUCUGUAUGGAGGCCUAGGAGGUUUUGGACGCGGUCUGUAUGGAGGCCUAGGAGGUCUUGGAGGUCUUGGAGGUCUUGGAGGUCUUGGAGGCGGUCUGUAUGGUGGCUAUGGAGGCUUUGGAGGGCAUGGUUUCGGAGGCUUCGGUCGUAGAUAUUAAUCGGGGAGAAGAGAUUUUAUCUUGAGAAAUCCGACCAACAUUUUACAGAAUUAAAAUUUGCAAACUG